AUUCUUCAAGAGUGAUAGCUUCUUCUACACUUGGCCGUGCAAAAGGAGAGAAACCCUAGGUGAGUAAAGAUGCCGGCUGGUCAUGGAUUGAGGUCCCGCACCAGAGACUCGUUCUCUCGGCCAUUCAGGAAGAAGGGUACCAUCGCCCUUACCACAUACCUCAGGACCUAUCACAUCGGCGACUACGUCGAUAUCAAGGUCAAUGGCGCCGUCCACAAGGGUAUGCCUCACAAAUUCUACCAUGGCCGCACUGGAAGAGUCUGGAACGUUACCAAGCGCGCCAUUGGUGUCGAGGUCAACAAACAGGUUGGGAACAGAAUAAUCCGAAAGAGGAUUCAUGUCCGAGUGGAGCAUGUGAUGCCAUCAAGGUGCACUGAGGAGUUCCGCCUUAGGAAGAUCAAGAAUGAUCAAUUGAAGGCUGAGGCCAAGGCUAAGGGUGAGGUCAUCAGCACCAAGAGACAGCCUCAGGGUCCUAAACCAGGUUUCAUGGUUGAAGGUGCUACAUUGGAGACUGUCACACCAAUUCCAUAUGAUGUCGUUAAUGAUCUUAAAGGCGGCUACUAGUUUUUUCUUCCUGUUUGCUGGACUGCGUAGUUUUGUUUGGAUUUCAGUCCUUUUUUGUUUUUCAUUGAAGAGCCUUAAUAUUAUUGAACAAUCAGACUCAAGUUUUGUCUUGUUUAAUUCUAGAUACAAGGUUAUGAUCUA